AAAGGUUGGCUUCUUUCCUCCUUUCAUGCGAAAGCCAUGAGUUCCUACUUUGUAAAUCCUCUUUUCUCCAAGUACAAAGGCGGCGAGUCGCUGGAGCCCACUUACUACGACUGCAGAUUCCCACAAAGUGUCAGCAGGAGCCAUGCUCUCGUCUACGGUCCGGGCACCACGGCGCCCAGCUUCCAGCACCCGUCACACCACGUCCAAGACUUCUUCCACCACGGAACCUCCAGCAUCUCCAACUCGGGAUACCAGCAGAACCCGUGUGCUCUGGCGUGCCACGGAGACGCGUCUAAAUUCUAUGGAUACGAAGCCCUGCCCCGGCAAUCGCUUUAUGGUGCCCAGCAAGAGGCGGCCGUGGUACAAUAUCCUGACUGUAAAUCCUCUUCCAACAGUAACUCUAGCGAGGGACAAGGACAUUUAAAUCAAAAUUCUUCUCCCAGCCUCAUGUUCCCAUGGAUGAGACCUCACGCUCCCGGAAGGCGCAGUGGCCGGCAGACUUACAGCCGGUACCAAACCCUGGAGCUAGAGAAAGAGUUCCUCUUCAACCCCUACUUGACGCGGAAGCGGCGCAUCGAGGUCUCUCACGCCCUGGGACUGACCGAGAGGCAGGUCAAGAUAUGGUUCCAGAACAGGAGGAUGAAGUGGAAGAAAGAAAACAACAAGGAUAAACUCCCCGGGGCCAGGGAAGAGGAGAAAGCGGAGGAGGAAGGCAACGAGGAAGAGGAGAAAGAAGAAGAGGAGAAAGAAGAAAGCAAGGACUGAUCUCGCUCAGCUCCUUGAAGUCCUCAUUUUAUGGCAGAUGAUAAAUCGAGAUGUUUACGACGGUCAUUCGCUUUUAUAGAGUAUAGAAUGGAGAGACUCACACAGAACAGUAACUACCUGUCAAACAGUUGUAGACCCCCUUUUUUAUUGUCAUAGAACUUCCCCUAGUCCCCCCCUUCCUCCUAUAGCAGCAAUUUUCCCCCUCUU